GUCGCGGAGAUCAGCUGACGCAGGCGGGCUACGGACCUUGAAGCUGAGUCCGGCUGUGGAUCCUCACUUGACUGGGCGGGGCCUUGCGGCGCUUGCCCCAGCGACUUGCCCUGUCAUUAUCCCUCGGAACCGGCCGAGGAACCGGCCGAGUCACCGGAAGGAGUUAGAGCCUUGGUUUGGAGGCCUAGAGUGAGUGGGAUCCCGGAGCCAGUGCGGGAUCUCCUGACACAUUCUCCCAGGUCUGCAGGUACAAGGAACUGGGAGGACUCCUUUCUUCCUGAUCCUUCCACCAGCCAUACUCUGGUGUGGGUUGUGGCUUCCUUGCAGGACGAGCCUGCGACAGCCUCUGAACUGUGUCCACACACCUCCGCCUUCUUCCCUGCUGGGACCCUCCCUCUGCAGCCAUGGUCUGGAGGACGCUGGGCGCAAGCAACUUUUCCCUCUGCCCCAACGGCUCCAUCCAGUGGAUCUGGGAUGUGUUUGGUGAAUGUGCUCAGGAUGGCUGGGAUGAGGCCAGCGUGGGCCUGGGCUUGGUCUCUAUUCUCUGCUUUGCUGCGUCUACCUUCCCCCAAUACAUCAAGGCCUGCAAGACAGGGAACAUGGACCAGGCCCUGUCCUUUUGGUUCCUCCUGGGCUGGAUCGGUGGAGAUUCCUGCAACCUCAUUGGCUCCUUCCUUGCAGACCAGCUACCCCUGCAGACCUACACGGCUGUGUAUUACGUCUUGGCUGACCUCGUGAUGCUGACCCUGUACUUCCAUUACAAGUUCAAGAACCGGCCUUCCCCAUUGUCUACCCCUAUCAAUUCUGUGCUCUUGUUCAUCUUGGGGACGGUGUGUAUCACACCACUGUUAAGCAUCGCUGAUCCUGUGGCUCUCCCCAGGGAAGGCUUCCGGGGACGGAUGCUCUUGUCUGUGGAGCCUGGCAAUAAGCCAUUCACAAAGAAGGAGGUCAUCGGCUUUGUCAUUGGCUCCAUCUCCAGCGUGCUGUACCUGCUGUCAAGGCUGCCUCAGAUCCGCACCAAUUUCCUACGGCAGUCAACCCAAGGCAUUUCCUACUCGCUGUUUGCGUUGGUGAUGCUAGGGAACACGCUGUACGGGCUGAGCGUGCUGCUGAAGAACCCUGAGGCAGGCCAGAGCGAGGGCAGCUACCUGCUGCAUCACCUGCCCUGGCUGGUGGGCAGCCUGGGUGUGCUGCUGCUUGACACCGUUAUCUCCGUCCAGUUCCUGGUGUACAGGAGCCACACCACUGCUGCUGCCUCAGAGCGAGAGCCCCUCCUCCCAAGCUGACCUGUGCCCCAGAUGACGGGAACCUCAGCUGCCAUCCCAGGAAGAGCCACGUGUGGGCAGUGAUACUGCUGCCCCUGGACUGGGCCUUAGGAGGCGGCCUGAGGGAGGCCUGGAACUCUGGGCCUGGUUGCCUCCCUCCAUGCCUGGCCUUUAGACAGGUCUGGAGUUGGAUCAUGCUGUGCCGGGACAUACCUCUCAGGUAUAAGACAGCUGUUCCAGGACCCUGUAGGGGACCCAUAGUGGAGACCCCGGAAGAUGGUGUGGCCACCUCCCAUCCACCUACCUCAAUCUGCCUGUGUGCCCCAGGCUACAUCAUAUCCAGGGGACCCAGGGUUGUCCCUCUGACCGGAUACAACCUAGUAAAUGAUACCUUUCAGCUGGACCUGUUUCUGCUGCUCCCUCCCAUGGUGCUUGGGGUCUGGGCAGGGACCCAGGGUGAGUCCAGACUGGUGGGGGACCCAUGUCCAGCAUCCAUGUCGUCUUAUAGAUGGGCCCUACCCUGGUGGGCCCUACCCAUCAGUGGCUCCCAGCGAGGCAGAUAACUAGGUGGGGUUUGGUUGGACGGUCCCAGAGGCUUGGCAUGAUCAUGCUUCUCUGCAUGCUCGCCAGGGUUGCCUAGGGUGAGGUGGUUAGCCCAAAGCGAGGCAUGUGGUCAGCGAAGGUCACCUUGGAGGUAGAGAAGAGGGGCAGGCCAGUGCUUUCCUGGAGAAGGUGGUGACUGGAAGCGUGGGUGGAGGAGGAGGACAGGAGGAGAUGGGGCACACACGUGACAAAGGAGGAAAGACAGGGAGAAAGGUGGCUUCCAGCUCACUUCGUUCCUCCUUCCUGCGGGCCACCACCUUCGGGUGACUUGGGGACAGAGAACUAGCUGCCUUUCCUGUUAGCCUCAGCUUAUUCACAUAUAUUAUUUUAGGUCCAGAAAGCCAGGGGCCACCUGACAGACAGACAAGAGGGCAGCCACCUCAGAGUGCUCCUUUAGCUGCUCUGCCCGCAGCUGCAGAGAGCGGGUCCUGGCACAGACCCAGGCAAGGCAUGCGGUGCUCCCAAGCUAGGCAUGCGGUGCUCCCAGCCGACUGCUGGCUGCAGCUGGAUGUCUACCCCCGUCCCAUCCUGGGACCCGGCUCUCUGCUACUUUCCUAGGACCGGAUGGCACCUUUCCAAGUCUGAAGAUCUGGGGCCUCCACAUGGCACAUGACCUCAGGUGCAGGCUUGACUGAAACUGUGUGGACAGGAGAAAAGGAAAUGACGGUCCUGCCUAAACAGCCCUCAUCCGUCUCUCCAGUAGGGUGACACCUCUUCACGGGAGAUGUGCUUUGCUGUGGAAAUGCCUGUCUGACAGAAGGUGUGGUCUCUACUCAGGCACAGACCACGCAGCCUCGCUAACCUUGAGUCCUCUAGUUGGAGGCUUGCUCUAGUGUUCCAGUAGGGAUCCAAGUAAGAGAUGUGCAGAGCCUGGUUAUGCUCGCCAGGUCUGUCCCUGCCGAGCGGUUCAGGGACUUCAGGGUCUCAAGCCUGCCUCAGCCCCUGGUGAGCCUUGUGACUUGGGCCGACGUCCUAAGCCUGUUGCCCUCUCCCACAUCACCAAAAAAACAGUGUUAUUGGCCGUAGAAGGUCUUUGUGCUGACUGCAUGAGAUUCAUUUUUGGGUUUAUGUCCUGGUGUCUGGCCCAUGGGUGAAGAAAUGGUAGCUAUGUUAGUGUCCCCAUCCAAGGGAGUUGAGCCAUCCUCACAUCUCCUCAGGCUCCUGGGGAAACAGCCAGUUUGACUAACAAGAAGUUGGCUUCCCUCUCCUCCCUCGCCCACACCUCUGCUGCUUUUUACAGGUCAAGGAGUGGCAGGGUGCUCGUCUCGAUGUGGCCUGAAGGUACAGGAGGCCCCUCAGAUCUUUCCUCAGGCCUCGUGUGUGGGCAUUUUGGUUCCAGUCCAGGCUCAGCCACGGAGAUGGAAAUAUACCUACCCAGGAGGGUCUCCUCAAGCCACUCAAAGGGAGGGGAGGCUGGACUAUGUGCCUGCAAAGACUCCUCCUACAGUGAGUCAGAUAGUGUGUGUGUGUGUGUGUGUGUGUGUGUGUGUGUGUGUGUGUGUGUGUGUGUGUGAGAGAGAGAGAGAGAGAGAGAGAGAGAGAGAGAGAGAGAGAGAGAGAGAAAGAGAUUUUAUUUCUUUGAGAUAGGGUCUUACUAUAGCUCACAUCAGCUCCCAGACUAGGAUUCUCAUUGAUUAUUUAUCAGACCUGGGUUUUUUUUUUUUUUAAUACUUACUACAGCUAGCACAGUAUGGCUUCCAGCUCUCCUCUUCUCCUGGAGGGGGAGUCCCAAAUCACGCUUCUCCACCCUUCUGAAUUGGCUUCAGGGAUUGCGUUCCCCUUGGGCUCAAUUGAUAAGUUCCUAGCCUCUGUCCCAACCACACCUAACACAGCUCUGAGGAUAGAGCUACUCCCACUUCCAACCCCCAUCAGAAAACUGGG